AUGGCUGCUCCUACCGCUGUGAAAAAAGAAGUCUCCGAGCCAGUCGAGGCUCCUACACGGGUGGAAAAUAUAGAGCAAGACACAGAUGCAGUACUAAUUGACGCCGAUGCGCCAGAAACAGAAGACAAGCCGUCCAAGACGCCCGAAGCGGGCCUCGUCCUGGACGAGUCUGGAAAACCCAAGUUCCAGUCGCAGGCCGCGUCCAACAUGAAGGUCAAGCUAGAGUCGCGGAAGGUGGCGGUGCCCCCACAUAGAAUGUCGCCGCUCAAGAACGCAUGGCCCAAGAUAUAUCCUCCUCUAGUGGACCAUCUCAAGCUGCAGGUGCGGAUGAACCUGAAAACCAAGAACGUGGAACUGCGCACGUGCUCCAAGACCACAGACCCGGGGGCCCUUCAGAAAGGAGCCGAUUUCAUCAAGGCGUUCACCCUGGGAUUCGACAUAGACGACGCCAUCGCUCUCCUGCGACUGGACGACCUGUACAUCGAGUCGUUCGAAAUCAAGGACGUCAAGACGCUCCAGGGCGACCAUCUUUCGCGUGCGAUUGGCCGCAUUGCCGGAAAGGACGGCAAAACCAAGUUUGCGAUCGAGAACGCGACUCGGACGCGGAUUGUGCUGGCGGACUCGAAGAUCCACAUUCUGGGCGGGUUCACGCACAUCAGGAUGGCGCGGGAGGCUGUGAUGAGCCUGAUUCUGGGCAGUCCGCCGGGCAAGGUGUACGGCAACCUGCGCACGGUGGCCUCGCGACUCAAGGAGCGGUACUGA